AUGCGCACUUCCUCUCGCCCUUGGUGUCGCCCAGUCUUCACGCAGCUGCGGCGUCGAGGCCUGGAAAAGCAUUUCCAAGCAACCAAGUACGUCACCAAACGAGGGCGACUUCAGAUCGGCGCAAUGUUGGGUUUGUCCGAAACACGGGUGAAAGUUUGGUGUCAAAACACGGCCGAGUUGUUCGAAGCUGGGUUAAGUUAACCCAGGGUUAGUGCGAGAUUUGAAUUCAGAUUUGAAAGCUUUAAAACCAUUUCAGUUUUAAUUCCUUCUGUCCACAAGUUGAUGAUUGGAAGCUCUAAAAAUAACAGAGAAAAUUAUCAGAGAAAAUGCUUUUGAACACAAGAAAAAGAAACCAGGGUUAAAUUUAACUCCAGGUUAAGCGCUAAUCGGCCUUCGAACAACUGGGCCCAGAAGGACAAAGUGGAGACAUGAGGCAGCGAAGAAGGAGAAAAAACAAAAAGAACAAACCUCAACAGAAACAAUGAACAAUUGUGUACAAAAAGAAGAAGUAAAAAAUGAGAAAGAAAAGGAACACGGAUUUAAAAAAGGCAGAGAACAGUCCAUAACUGAUCAAAUCAGCAACAAAAAAUAA